AUGAACGAAGAAGACGUAACGGAAGGGUUCCUCAUAGCAAACUGGAGCGUGGGACAUUAUGGAGACGAAGCCUUGUUUUUCGGGGUGUUGCUUGUAUCGUUUCUGAAGAAUGAGUCGGCCGAGUCAAGCUCAUCUUUGCAGACGCCUCCUGAGGUAGUACAUGUAUGCAUGUGGACCUUCACCCGACUUGACCUGCGCGUCCAAGUUCUAAAUUGCCUUUUGGCCUUAUUUCUAAAAGAUAUACUUGAAGAAUACCUGGAGCAAGAAGUUUGGGAAAUUGAAGCCGUGAAUUUCGGGUUUUUACUUUUACCAUAUCUGAAGAAUGACAAAAUGGAAACAGUUACAUGUAGUAUGCAAACUGCCAUAAGCCAAAAUGACUAACUGGAUAUAUAUUAGUGAAUCGUCUCGUCCAAAUUACCGCAUCUUUCAAUUGCUAUCUCAAUAAACAUGGUCUAAACAGCCAGAACCCUUUCGCCAAUCGCCGCACAUUCAUAUGUACUAAGAUGCUGCCACAUCGGAGUUUAAUCACAGGGCUAUUCAGGUAUGGCUAUGACGAUGCGGGCACAAUUGUUGAACAGAUGACUCAACUCUGUCGCAAACACAAACUGAGAUUCUGAUGGAAGCUCGUGACAAAGGCAUGAAGCGCGAACGUGGAAGGUAGGGAGCCUAAGUGUGAUAUGUGGCGAGGAUGAUGGGAUCGUUGCACCCUGAAUUGGAAAACCGUUGCCUUGCGAGACACUUUCGGUUCGUUGUUUGUAAAAGAAGAUGAUUCAAUGAUAAUUUUUAGGUAGUAAAAAUACGCAUGUUGGCUUUCACCCGGACUGACUUGUGCGUUUGAAGCACUAACAUUUUCCAGUCUGCUGGACAGAGAAGAGUGAUUGAGGACCAAAUGGGGCUGAUGCGAUCUUAUUGCUAGAUAGUAGCUUGGUCUUAUGAAAGAACUAUAUUUAUCUCUGUUCUGUGUUCAAUACUUGGGAGCGACUCUUAUGAAUACUAUUUA